GUUGGUUGGCAGGGCUGGGAGCCGUGUCUAUAUAACACAGCAGAGUCCUGGCCACUUCAUAGACAUCCAGCCAACCUACAUGACGAUCUCCCAGCUGCUCACCGGUGUUUACAUGUGAUCUAGAGAAGUAGGUGCCCAGCAUACAGGAGCUGCUCCGCCGAGCAUACAGCACACCGGCAGUGCCCAGCCCGGGUUACAGGCAGUUCAGUCUGUGACAACAUAAUUUAGAUUUCACUCCACUCAAGAAACACAAUGUGGCUGCUGGAGAGGAUCCGAGGCACAGUGGAUCAUGGCAGUGGUCGACAGGCAGGAGAAUCUGGUGAUAAACAGUCAAAAGGUGGAUCAUACAGCAAUGUGCUGACUCCAGACAAGAUUCCAGAUUUUUUCAUUCCACCAAAACUCACUAGUGUACCGGCAGAAGGAGCUGAAGGUGCUGCAGCGGGUGAAGCAGUGCAAUCCAAACCUAACAUAGGUACUUCUGCUUCUGAGCAAAACUUGUCAGGAAGACGUCCACAACGCAGCCCUCGCCUACCAACUAAAGCCACUUCAGAGAGCAGAAACCUUGUGAAAGCUGCAAAUCGGCACAUCAUUCAGAUUGAAAGUGCAGAUGAGUGGGCUUCAGAGGAAGACUUGGGUACCAAUGCAGACCCACAAUCUCAAACUGCUAUGUCUCUUCCAUAUGUUCCAAAGGCCCAGACAUCAUAUGGCUUUGUCACCCUGAUGGAAAGUCCACAUACCCGACGUAAAGAGUCCCUCUUUCACACUGACCAGGGGUCUCUUUCCCCAUGUCCAUCACAGUCGAGUUCACCUAGUUCUCAAAGACGAAGUGGUACAGAAGGAGGAUCCCAGCUAAACACUUCAGAUUUUGGGAUGUCUUUGAUGAAUCCAUACCGAUAUUUUAGUGGUGGUGAAAGUGAUACCUGCUCCUCAGCAGAAUCCUCACCAUUCAGUUCACCAUUACUUUCCCGCUCAGUCUCUCUGCUGAAAAUAUUUACACCAGACACACAAUCAAAACUCAUCAAACUCAAGCACUCAGUAGCUAGAAACAGUUCACUAUCCACCGAUGAGUGCAGUUCUGCUGACACUAGUCCCAGCAUGCCUAGAAGAAGAGUAAGAGGUGCCAAGGGUGCCGGGAUAGGUUCUGGACAGCAAGGUGUGCUACCUUUAGAUCUUCUACAGAAGGAACAUAAUGUUGUCCUAAGUAAAGGAGGCAGCAUGAGACUAUCAGCAGAGUACGACCCAUCUAAUGCCCGUCUCAGAGUACGGUUAAUAGCAGCGGAGCAUCUCUUUGACAAGCUUUGUGAUCUCAAGGGGGUAAACUGCUGUGUGGUUCUCUAUCUGAAUCCUGGUAAAGUUCACCGCCAGAGAAGCACUAUUAUCAAGAACAGCCGAAACCCGGUGUUCAAUGAAGACUUUUUCUUUGAUGGAUUGGUGGCUGGCAGUGCUAAAAAGAUGUCACUUAAACUAAAGGUGCUAAACAAGGGAAGCAGCCUUAAAAGAGACACUCUCCUUGGAGAGAAGGAGAUCCCUCUGACCUCACUUUUGCCCUUUCUUUGAGAAUGGAGCAGCUAUGUUAGAGUGCAUGGUGUGUGAAAGAGAGCUGUUUGUUCUCUGCAGUGGUGAGUGCAUGUAGUAGCUACCAAACUAUAUACUAUCCCAUAGAUGAUGAAGCACAGCCCUGCAAAGCAUUGCACUUGGCAGCAAGAAUACAGAGGUUAGUAUUUCCAUGGCUAGAAAAACUUGAAAGCCUUCAUUCAAAAAAUAACAGAGUGUUGAGCUUCCACUGCGAUAGUGAACUGCAAAGCACUGUAAAUUAUAACGGCGUCUGCAAGCUUUAGGGACCUUUAUGUUUUGACAAAUCAAACUGAUUUCAUGGAGAGGUCUAAAGAGAAUUAAGAUAAGUAAACUCAGAUGAUGAAGGAACAUUAAUAAUGUAUCUACAGAACACUGUGCAUUGCCCUGAGAGCUCAAAAUCAAAGCCUACUGCUUGUGCAAAGAGAAUUCUCACAAUACGUUCUCAUGGGCAAAUCCUGGCCAUUAUCUUAGAUAAAGGAGAAUAGUAAAUAUAACCUCUUGUUAUAGCUGCCAUAUGUACACAUAUUAAUACCGUAUGUUGUAUUGCUGCAUGAGUUCGUAUUCAAUCUGCGUGCUUGCAUAGCAACAGUAGGCAUGCAACACAUGUACUUUAUAGGAAUCUAAUUUAACAGAAUAAAUUGGCAGCUAUGCCUCUGGUUAUAUAAUAUUAGUUAUUUUUAAAUUAAGUAUCUUAGCAAGAAUUACAGUAACAUGCAGUAACUCCAUGGUCCUCAUCGGUUAGCCAGAGAUUGGCGGGCACCAGCUACUGUAUCAGAUCGCAGCGAACAGGACAGGACCUCUCAUAGCUUUUAACUAUGGACCUACAAAAAAGGAGAUUUUCUCGCAAAUGACUUGAAUCCUUGUGUUCUGCUAUAUGAUAUAAUAUUAUAGGAUACUUUCUCUUACAAAUAAUAGAUGCUUCCAAUCCUUCUCCAGGUGUACUUUUCACCAUCUGGAUGGACAGAAGACCCAGCAAUCGUUUCUUCCUUUAAGCAAUUGUUCCUAUCUGUUUCAUAAACUGCAUUCUUUCCUUUAAGAUCCUGGUGGUUUCUGGCCCUCCCACACAGAAUAUAAUGUUCCAUCCAAUUUGUUCUUUCUCUUUCACACCUAGAAUGUAAGAAGAUGAAGUGUGGGUAUUUACAUCAUACAUGCUCCUUGUGCAGAUGGUGUAUUCAAAAGGUCAGACAUUCCCUUCUGGGUAAAUGAAUGCGAAAUGAGACUGGUUAACCCAUACAGCACCACAGCCUUUAACUCAUUUUUAAUGAACUUCAGAUCUAAGUCCUUGUUUAAUAGGGAACAGGUGAUUGAACACUAAGUAAAGAACUUGGUUCCACCCGGGUCAUGUACACACAUGGAAAAAAUGUAAGUGUCCCGUUAUUUAUUUGCUCUCUAUUUAGAACAUAGGUUACAGGAAGAUGAAAAUAUGAAAUUGUAAACCUCUUUUUGAGGUUUUGUAUCAUAAAGUUAAUAAAGCUCUUAACCGUUGUAUGAUUAGAGUAAGAUAAUUUAUAUAUGCCCCCUGUACAGUUAGCUUUGCUAAGUCUGACAUAUUAGUUGAUAUUUACCAAACGUUUAGUUUGAACAUACAGCCCUUUUUUCCUCUUACCACAAAGACAUUUAAUACCCUCCUACUCUUUGGUACAGCACAUUGAAAGUGAAUUUUUUAUGUAUGGUCAACUUAUGAUAGUAACAAGGCUAUGCAGAAUACGUGUUUUAUUAGCUUAUACAACAUGCACAGACCUAUUUGGUGGUACACACACUCACAGACUACAAUAUGGGUCCACAAUGUGGACCAACAUAGUCCCUUAAUGUGCCACCAUCUGGUGCCUUCAUGACACAAGAGAAAAUAGAAGUAGUAGCUCACCCUACUUGCAACACUGAUUCCAUAUCUCUCUGUCUUUUGCACAAUUGCUCCCCACAUGGCUAGGAACAUGUGUGCCACAUUGAAUAAAUCCAAGGAAAUAAAGUCGGUUCAGCACAGUAGUUGACAAGGAAUAAACUUCUAUCUCAAACUGAUCUCAACUGUCAGCUUCAGCUUUAUGCUGCCGAUCCAUGCACAGCAAGAAACAGGGACCCUGUUUCUUACAAUGACGUACGUAUCGCUCUAAAACACUGCAGUAGUACAGAGGAAUCAUACAGGAAAACGCCUACAGAUCAUCAAAGGGGUCCCCAGCAGCUUCUCUUCAACCUGCUGGCCUUGAUUAUUAGCUCUAUCCCUUCUUGCAUAUAGUUUUCUUUAAAGGGGACCUGUGGCCUACCCCAAAAAAUAAAAUGUUACUAUCAUAUUACCCUUUAAUAGUGUAGAGUGCCCUGGUUAUAGACCUUUCUUCUUGACAUGCUCUCAUGUUUAGGGAAUCGUCACAUAGACAUGAAAUUAAUUUAAAUAAUAGGAGAGAAUAUCAGGUCAUGGGCAAGACUAUACAGUCAGGGGGUAUUAAUGUUGAGGGGUACUAAUAUACUCCCUCAGACUGUAUAAUUCCCGCUAUCACCUGACAGUCACUCCUAUUAUUAAGAUUAAGUUCACGCCCAUCUGAUGAUUCCUUAUAUUGUCAAACUAUAAACUUACAUAUCUCGGGACUGAUAGAGCAUAUCAAGAAA